AUUCCGAGGAUUGUAUUUCCUUGCUAGUCACACCCCUAUCCGGAAGAGAAACAGCAACGAAUUCGUGAGAAACUUUCUCAGAUCGACAUCAAGAAGCUACCGCAGGAGAUCAUCACUUUUUCAUAUUCAUAUUCAGGGCACAACAUGUGGCCUAACCAAGGUCCCCCUGGCCAGAACCCGGCCUUCCCCCCAGCCUACAACCCUGGAUUCGCUUCUGGUCCAAACCCAGCACACCCUCAAGGCCAGAACCCCAUGUACGCACCUGGCACAAACCCUGCUUAUCCCCCUGGUAUGGCCCCUGGUAUGGCCCCUGGUAUGGCCCCCGGUAUGGCCCCUGGUAUGAAUCCAGCCAUGCCUCCAGGAUCCAUGCCUUAUGGACAAUACCCAGGAGGACAACAGCCUUAUCCAGCUGGACCAGGUGCACCUGGUUACCCAGGAGUUCACCCAGGGCCCUACCCUGGUGGGGUCCAUCCAGGUGGAGUCUACCCCGGGGGCAUGCAUCCCGGCAUGGCUGGGGGUGUGGCGGGAUUCGGGAUGGGAGUCACUGGACACAAGGCACACAAAAAAAUGAAGAAGGCGAAGGGGAAGAAGGCGCACAAAGCCGACAAACACCUGAAGCAUCAUGGAGGCCACAGGAAGCACUCUUCAGCAGCAGCAGCAGCAGCAGCAGCAGCGACGAGGAGUGACGUCACUAACAACAUCCAACACAGUGUCGGAAAAGACAUCCUUGAAUUAAAUGGGGGAAAAUGGCCUCUUCCUCUACCUAAAUUGUACUACUUUAAUUAUUAAGAAUGGGAAAAAAUUGAUUGUAAAAUGAUUUGAACAUUAAUUGUAUAACACUGUAACAAAAGUAUGUAUAAUGAACACAAUUAUGCCUUCCCAUAGUCUUAACAUUUUAGGGAUAUAGGCAUAUGAAUGUGUGCACAGUCAUGCGGAUAUGCACUAUAAUGUAUAAUAUUAUGACUUUACACUGAUGAUAAGUAAUAUUUCAAAUGGUUGAUUAUAUUUACAACUAUAAAUAAUAUAUAGGCUAUAGCUGAGCGAGUGAGCGAGAUGUGUGGAAUUUCCCCAGUAAAAAAAAAAACAAAUAAAUAUUUAUUUUAAUACUGGA